CUUAGCCUUUCGCAGCUUGACCAGCAUGAGGAAGGAGAGCUCCCCUGGCUGCAAUAACUUAGGGAGCUCCUACCUGGGUGACACUUGGGGCAGGAAGUUUUCUGUUUGUUUUGUUCUGUUCUGGAGUGUCCCCUGCACUUCUCUUGCCCGGAUCAACGUGACUCUUGCUGGGUUUUGCACACCCUGCUCUGUGGGGGAGUGCCCCGACGUGCCUGGCUUAUGUGGCCUCUAUGGACACACUGCUCAGCUGGCAGAGAGCAGGGAAGUUUUCUCCCAGCACCCAAAAAAAAGAAAGAGGAAAGUACUUUUUCUUUCUGGGUACCUUGCAGCACAAUAGAUCAGAAUAAGCUUGUACAUUCCCUCCCUGGAUUUUCUGGCGUGGUUUCCAAGAAGACGUUAAACCUUCACCUUUAAAUGGAUGACCAUGUCACAAUCAGGAGGAAACAUCUCCAAAGACCCAUCUUUAGACUAAGAUGCUUAGUGAAGCAGCUGGAAAAAGGUGACGUUAAUGUCGUUGACUUAAAGAAAAAUAUUGAAUAUGCAGCAUCUGUGCUGGAAGCAGUUUAUAUCGAUGAAACCAGGCGACUGCUGGAUACAGACGAUGAGCUUGGUGACAUUCAGACUGAUGCAGUACCAUCAGAAGUUCGCGACUGGUUGGCUUCUACCUUUACACGGAAAAUGGGGAUGACAAAAAAGAAACCUGAGGAGAAACCAAAAUUUCGGAGCAUUGUACAUGCUGUUCAAGCUGGAAUUUUUGUGGAAAGAAUGUACAGAAAAUCAUAUCAUAUGGUGGGUCUGGCAUAUCCUGCAGCUGUCAUAGUAACAUUAAAGGAUGUUGAUAAAUGGUCUUUUGAUGUAUUUGCCCUCAAUGAAGCAAGUGGAGAGCAUAGUCUGAAGUUUAUAAUUUAUGAACUGUUUACCAGAUAUGAUCUUAUCAACCGUUUCAAGAUUCCUGUUUCUUGCCUAAUUGCUUUUGCAGAAGCUUUAGAAGUUGGUUACAGCAAGUACAAAAAUCCAUACCACAAUUUGGUUCACGCAGCUGACGUCAGUCAAACUGUGCAUUACAUUAUGCUUCAUACAGGUAUCAUGCACUGGCUCACUGAACUGGAAAUUUUAGCAAUGGUCUUUGCCGCUGCCAUUCAUGACUACGAGCACACAGGGACCACAAACAACUUUCAUAUUCAGACAAGGUCAGAUGUUGCCAUUUUGUAUAAUGAUCGCUCUGUCCUUGAGAAUCACCAUGUGAGUGCAGCUUAUAGACUUAUGCAAGAAGAAGAAAUGAAUAUCUUGAUAAAUUUAUCCAAAGAUGACUGGAGGGACCUUCGGAACCUAGUGAUUGAAAUGGUUUUAUCUACAGACAUGUCGGGUCACUUCCAGCAAAUUAAAAAUAUAAGAAACAGUUUGCAGCAGCAUGAAGGGGUUGACCGAGCCAAAACCAUGUCCCUAAUUCUCCAUGCGGCAGACAUCAGCCACCCGGCCAAACCCUGGAAUCUGCACUACCGGUGGACCAUGGCCCUGAUGGAGGAGUUUUUCUUACAGGGAGAUAAAGAAGCUGAAUUGGGGCUUCCAUUUUCCCCACUUUGUGAUCGGAAGUCAACCAUGGUGGCCCAGUCACAAAUAGGUUUCAUUGAUUUCAUAGUAGAGCCAACAUUUUCUCUUCUGACAGACUCAACAGAGAAAAUUGUUAAUCCUCUUAUAGAGGAAGCUUCAAAAUCCGACAGUUCUUCCUAUGUGACAAGCAGCUGCUCAUCUACCAUUGUGGGGUUGCAAAGCACUGAUCCGAUAAGACGAGCAAACACAAGAGGCUACCUGGGUGAUCCGUCCUAUUUCCCAGACUACUCCCUGACAGCAGUGGACCUGAAGAGCUUCAAAAACAACCUGGUGGACAUCAUUCAACAGAACAAAGAGAGGUGGAAAGAGUUGGCUGCACAAGGUGAACCAGAUCUUCUUAAGAACUCAGAAGACUUAGUAAAUGCUGAAGAAAAACAUGCUGAUACACAUCCAUAGGUCAGAAAGACCUUAAUGGCUUCUGUCAUUUUAAACAUGAGAGGAUAAUGAAGACAGCACAGAAACAUCCUAAAUCUAAAACUUUCCAUCAAGCUAUAUGUCCUUUUUGGACAUACAGUUGUAUCAGGCCAUUUUUAUGGACGUCUACAUAAGAAAUUAGGAAGAACACAAAUUUUGAGUUAGUAACUCAGGCCAAAAAAAUACAACUAAGUUGCUGUGAAGACUUUUGGCCAGUGCUUCUGCCAUUGUUUCUCGUCUACAAUUUGGCCUUCUUCAAUCAAGCUAGAAAAAUUUUUAGGACAAAAGUCAGACAAUUUUAAAUUUUUCUCUCUUUGAGCCAAUCACAGUUACUGUGCAGUACGUGUACAGAAGAGAAAGCCUUUUUUACAUUUACUUUCUUGAACUGUCUUAAACAGAGUGCUAUAACUACACAUUUUUCAAGGUCUUAAAUAAAAGGAAAGCAAAAUCAAAAUUAUGGGAAAUAUAUUUUCUGUAGUGCUGGGAAAGAGGCUAUCUAGAUUGUCCUUAUUUUAAAUGCAUGCAAAUAGAAUGAGAAGUGGGACUGCUCAGGAGAUCUAGUUGAAGUCCUGUGGCAACAAUAGAACAACACAGCCCCAGCGCAGUGACCUGAUGAACCCCUCAUUGUAACUCUCAUGCUGGGAAACAGCAGUGAAACCUCUCCAAUAGACCAACCUGCCUCUAUCUAUCCUGGGUUUAAGACACUAAUGGACACUUCCAUGGGCUGGGUUUGGUCACAACACAGGCCGCACAGCAUCUACAGUCCACGAGAACAAGAAAAUGAGAUUGUCAAUCAUUGGUAGAGACAGACACAAGAAUGGAAAGUGGAAUUUGCCUUCUGGGAUGGUUAUCCCAUCAAGAUGUAACAAAAUACAUUAUAAGCCAAGAGAUAAGAGACAGGAAGUAGGUGUAUAUGUAUGUAUGUGUGUUCAAAAAUGUCUAUGAAUAUGGAAUCCCAUACUUUUCUGUACAGAUAAUGCUAUUUGAAGUGAAUUUUAAAUUUUACUACCCAGAAACAAACUGCAACCUCGGAGGCCCCGCUUCCUUGUCAUGUUUUGCCUGAGCAUGUGCAAAGCCUUUUUUUUGGCUCCAAACCGAACUACCUUUAUUUGUUGUUAGUUGACAAGAAAGGUCAAACACAAUUAGAUGUUGUGACUUUUCACUGUACAAACAUUUCAGUGAUGAUGAGCAUCAGUGAAUUUGUCUUUGUGAAAGGCAGAAUGGAAAAAAAUCAAGAGUUGCCGUCAAUUAAAUGACGUGAAGGAAGAUGCGCCCAUCCUAUCAGGUUUUCUGUGGCACCUGCUUAUCUUCUUGGGUUUCACAAUGCUAAGCAAUAUUUUAGUAAUGGAUCUGACGCUGUUAAGCCUAAGUAGUGAGAUUUUGCCACUCACAACUUAGAUCUCUUUUCAUGUGUAAGCCAUAUUCUGUAUGCAUAUUUAGUAUGCAUCAUUGUAAUUGAAGAUGUGCAGACUGUAUACAAUGCUUUUAAAUGUUUUGUGAAUGAGGUCCUCAGCUUUACUUUUACCUGAAUCUUGCACAGAACACAGCUAAAUAAUUGAAUUGUAUCAUAGGCAUUACAAUGCAAUUAAUAUUUUAAAUGUAAGCAGUAAAGAUUGAUCUAUAAUAAUGUGCUGGGGAAAACAUUUAUAGAUAUGUACAUCAUGGUGACUAUUGGUUCCUUAAAAAUGUUCUUCUCAUUUCUAUUUAUGGAGAAACUAUAAGUACUGCUUUAAAUGUCUUUAUAAAAUGAACUAUUUACCAUCUAGAAGAUACUCUGCAUUUAAAAUAGAGUCUGACUAUCUGGGAAGUCUAAUUAUUGUUGUUCCUAUUUGAGCCAAUUGUCUUUCAGUAAAGCUAUAGACUCUCUCAAGAGAGAGGUGAGCUGAAACGCUGCUUCUUCAAUGUCAUAGGAAACAUAGCCACUUGGUUUCUAUUAACACUUUUAAGAUUUGUACACUCUGUUAUUAAGAAAUAGGCGAAUACAAAGAAUUCAUCAGUUUCUGUAUAGCAGCUUUAACCUAAUUUUACAGGUUAUGUGACUUACAACGCACUGUGACCAAACUCCCAGAGGGAGUGGAGAAAGACGCUUAAUUUCCUCUGAAGCUUUGUCACGCUGCUUGCUGUACUUACUACAUUCCCAGUCUUCCUCCUUCCCUCUCUCUCUAUCCCCUGCAUUUCCUACUCCUCUCCUUUUUUUUCCUUUAAUCUUUUAUAUUUCUUCUCUCUCUCUCUCUGAGAUGCUGCUACUUAGCACUAAUUAGUCGGAAGUCAGAGUGGAGUUUAUCUGCACCUAUCUCUUCUGGAAUCGUCAUCACUGAGCCCAUUCUGAAGAGGGGGGUCGAUGCGUUAGGCUGCUACACUUUGAAUGUCCUGCUUUGCGUCUGUAUCCUCAGCUGCCUAAAAUAGACAUCUUGCAAGUUCAUAUGCCUUUCAUUUAACUUCUUUUAUUUAAUUUUUAACAUGAAAUCUACAAUUCUUGUGUUUUUAUUAUGCUAUAAUUCUCUGUAUUUCCUAUAUAUAUAGUUGCUAAAUAAAUCAUAUUUGAGAGACAAUAUUGUGAAACACUUGGUGUUUAAUGUAAUCCUGUUUGGUGGGGCUUG